CGGACCAUAGCAACAGGAAACCUUAGUAUAAAAAGCUGUGUCGGAGGGGGAACCCUCCUAAGUGUCUCUCAGCCACAGCAUGACCAGGACCGAGAGCCUGAGAGUGUGGACUUAACAAAACAAUGCCCAGCCUAAUCGUCGAACCACUCAACACACAGCACUUCAUCAUGGACAGAGAUGACAGGAACAGAAACAAGAACAUUGGAAAGAACUUUAUGUGCCGACUCCAGUGCAUGUUCUCACACUCGUCAGGCUCUGAGAGCAGGCUAAGUUUAGAAGAUACCCAACAAUGGUCACAGUCACUGGAAAGGCUUCUGGAGUCUAAAUAUGGGCUGGCCACUUUUCGUAACUUUCUCAAAUCUGAAUACAGCGAUGAGAAUAUUGAGUUUUGGCUCACCUGUGAGGACUACAAGAAGAUCAAGUCUUCUUUCAGAAUGUCCUCGAGGGCUAAGAAGGUUUAUGAGCAGUUCAUCAAAGCAGAAUCUCCUAAAGAGAUCAACAUUGACUAUCACACUCGAGAGCAGAUCAAAAGGAACGUCAAGACUCCCACCAUGCAUUGCUUUGACGACGCUCAGAAGAUAGUUUACGGGCUGAUGGAAAGAGACUCAUACCCGCGGUUCCUCCGCUCUGACAUUUAUAGAACUCUCCUGGAAAGCCUCGCCACCGAAGCUACGAAGGGAUGAAAACGCAGUUGACGGGAAAGAGAAAGGACAUUAAACCCAUAACUGGAAUGUUUGAGCUCUUUCAGGAGGAAGGACUAACCAAAAAUAAGGAAGGAACAUCAAUCAGCACACCACACAGACAAUUUCAGAGGCCUUACACCUUGGCGUCGUCACUAGAUCCAGACUCAAACUGUGCCUUAGUCCCGCUAUGGGGAGGAUUUCCAUACUGAUCACCGCACAUCUGAGGACUCUAUAAGAAGAAGAUGAACAAUGUACCAUGUUUGCACUGGAUGUGUACAUAGGUAAAUUGACUUCUUCUGACAAUGAAUGAAUCAGCAGGCGGCUGACGCCCGCUCUGAUCGUGGGGCUGCGUAAGCAAAUCAUGCAAUGGGCAGCCUUUGUCCUUCUUUGCAGAGGUGUUUCCUGUGCAAAUAGAGGAUGUAAGAUGCAACAGCCAUACUCAAUUAGUUGUGUAUGUGUGAGUGUGUGAGAGAGAGAGAGAGAGAGAGAGAGAGAGAGAGAGAGAGAGAGAGAGAGAGAGAGAGAGAAACAGUAUUUAGUUGUUGCAUUCAUCUGCCACUGACACAGAAUAAGCUGUCACAAAAAGAGUUGGCCAAUUAUCCGGUGACAGCUCAAAGGAAGACAACAAAUCCAUAGUGGACAGAAGACUCAAUAGUAAUAUGUCAUCAUCAGUAAAGGGUUGCAGAAGGCCACUUAAGCAAGAGGCAUUCUGGGACACUUUAAAAGGAAAUUUCUCUUUCUUUCUUUUUUUUUCUUCUUUUUUUUAAUAGAUUGGACCGCAAUGGGGUUUCGAAAACUGAUGCUGAUAUGUUUUAGAUUUAGGCUGCCUAAUAGAGGAUAUUUUGUGCCAAUCUUCAAUAUCUUUAAAGUCAGUGACUAGUCUUAAUGUCAUUCCUCACCGCUGACUACUGGCCAUAUAAGUCUAAAUCAAAUCCUUACAGCACUGAAAUGUCAUGAGUUGUGAUUUUAUGUAAUAAACCAGUUGAGUGGAAUUAUUAUAGAGAUAGGAUGUUUCACAUUGCAUGACAGGAUGUUAAAACGUGAUGUAUACCCUCAGAAUAGGCCUUAUUACUGCUUUCCAAAGCACAUUGUUUGAAUGUAUUCUCCGUGAGUUCAUAGUUAACUUAAAAAGAUAAACAAUGUAUUAUUUAUUGUUAUUGGUCACCUUUUGAGUACAAAGUUUGUUGCAGUGUUGAAGUGCUUGUUAAAAUAUUAGUGAUUUGAAUGACAUUAAAUUAUUUAAAUUGCC